GAAAUAUCAAUGGAAUCAAACCUUGACAUUUUUGGAUUGUUUGAUCAAAACAAAAUUAAAUAUAUCGUACACGCUUGAAUAACACACAUGAAUUAUGCCAGAUUCCAAAGAAGUGGCGAGCGACAGAAGGAAGAGCACUAGCCAUGCCAGCCUGCUCCUGACCACAUCCUACACCCACGUGCCGCACGAGGAAAGCCGCACGAGUGCGCAUCGCAAUCAGAAUCGAAGCAGCAGUGCCAGGAUAUCGGAGGAGAACGACCAAACUAAUAGCGCACUGCUCUCCAACGACUUUGUGCUGAUGCUGGACUGCUCGCCCAGUCCGGAGGAUGUGUUCUGCGAAGAUACGCCGCAGUUCAGGACAUCCUGGCUGUGGCUCAACAAACUGACCACCCUGCACUGCCACACGCUCCACGAUCUGCGCCUGCGCAACGCGUACAUGAGUCAUUUCAUUGUGUGCCUGAAUCAAAGGCGCCUGACUGGCGUCUUCGAGCAGCCUCCGCCGGCGGAGUUGACUUGGGUGGACUUCUCGGAGCAGCAAGCGGCUCAGCAGUCCGCUAACCCAACUGAAAUGCCGCGUUUGUGUGAUCUGAAUCAAUCCUCGCUGGCUGCAGUCAACUCCCCUUCAUCACAUGGCUGCUGUGGUAACCGAUCCACCUCUGAGUACUGGGAUGCCUUCUCGAACUGUCGUCGUCCUUCGGGUGGAACUACCGAGUCCAUUUCAAAGCCACAACUCUGUAGGAGGCGCCAGCUGCUCCGUUCCGUUCCCAUGACCAGUGAAGACGAAGUGCGUCAGCUUUACAGAAACGAGAAAGUGAAUUUCCGCUUCAACAAUUCCUCUUCCUCUGCCGCCCGAUCGUCCACCAGUCGAUCGCUGUCCUCGCCGUCCAAAUUUCUACCCAGUAGGAGGAAGCCCAAUGCCUUUCGGAAUUCAGCUAGUCAGAAGUCACCCGAAGAUGCUCGCAAACGUAUGAUCGACUUGAUGGAACUCAUACGGAGGGAGUUGCGCGGUGAACCGGAUCCGGAUAACAAGGACCUCUUGGAGGAGGAGCUGCAACGAUAUCGGGAGUUCUUCGAGCAACAUUUGCAGGAUAAUUCGGAUUUCGAGCCGCAUUUGAGUGACAAUUCCAACUCGGAGCGGGCUUAUAUGCUUCUCAAUAUGCAAAAGGAUCUGAUUAGGAUGCUCAAAGAGGAUUGGGCAUAAUAAAAGAUUAUAUUUUUAUACUAAA